AUGAACGACAUCAUUGACCCCAGCGCACGGCAGGUCCAGCCGGAAGGGCUUUCGCUGGCCAUCGUCGUAGUGUCGCUAUUGUGUCUGUUUUUCUCAAUUUUGGCGGUUGCUGGGAGGACAUACGUGCGUUUGGACGAUGGGCUGUUUGGGCUCGACGAUGGACUCGUAGUAAUCGGAACGCUCGCAUACGCUGCGGAUGUCGGCAUUGCCGUGUACGCCGCCCACGUGGGCGUCGGCACUGUGAACGCCAAGCUCAACGCCUGGAUGAUGGAAGAAGCACCCAAGUUCUUCACCGUGUGGAUCCUUGUCUAUGUCAUCAGCCUCGCCACACUGAAGUCGUCGAUUUGUGUCACAUUGCUGAGGAUAGGCAGCGCCAAGGAUUCCCUCCGCAUUGCUGUUCGGGUGCUGCUCGCUAUCACCUGGGCCUCGUUCACAGUCACAUUUGUGGGCGUUCUACUCUAUUGCCGGCCGAUCGAGGCCAACUGGGAUGUGAGCCUGAUUCUCGAGGGCAAGGGCAGCUGUGCGGACACGAAGGUCAUGAUUGGACUUAGUCACACGGCAACGGCGAGCACGCUUCUCACCGACCUAGGGUGUGUGGUAUUGCCCGGCAUGAUAUUGUGGAAUAUCCAGAUGGAGAGGCGGGCAAAGCUUAGUGUCUUUGCGCUGUUAAGUUUUGCUAGCCUGGCGUCUAUCAUGACGAUUUGCCGCGCACCGUUUAUCUCGCAUUACGCAACACCCCAAGAAGACCUGAUGUACUGGGUAGGGCAUAUCGUCCUCUUCUCAACUAUUGAAACAGCGAUUGCCUGCAUUGCCUCAUCGGUCCCAAUGAUCCGACUAUUCUUCGUGCGCACCAGAGCGCCGGGCCUGUCGGGAGGCAAAUCGCCGGAGCCGUUCAACGCCUCGAGUUCCAUCAUUACAUUCGGCAGCAUGCCCCUGGACCGAGUCGGCAAGUCCAAGGGGAUGUUCCGGAAUCCGACGGACCAGGGCCGCAGCUACGCGUCGGUCCACGCCAAGGGCGACUGGGAGAGGCUGCAGGACGCCGCCAGCGACAAGGACCUGUUGGAGGAUCACGGCAGCUCUAAGCAGGCGAAGGGGAUCCGGGCCGACUACACGUAUUCCGUGGAGCUGAGUCACAGUCCGAAGCAUGCGACAGGUUUCCUCGACGGAAAUGGAAAAUAG